AUGAAACGCUCGUGGGUCUCGCUUGCGCGUGGUCCGGGAGGUCAACACGGGGUGUGUGUGUGUGUGUGUGGCCCGCAGGGCUUGUCGAAGCGGGCGUGGGGGCUGAAACUGCGCCGCGGAGGCGGUGGGGGCGGCGGCGGCGGCGGGGGCGAGCCGGGCGCCGAGGGCUCGGUGACCGAGCUGCGCGCGCCCGAGCUGCUCGAGCCGGCGGCGGACGUGAGCGCGGCGCCCGGCGCGAGCGCCACGCUCGCGUGCCGCGCGAACGCGACGCGCGCCAGCGCCACCUGGCGGAAGACGGCGCCCGAGACGCGCGCGCUGCGCCACGGCGGCCGGUUCGCCAUCGCACUCGCGCCCGACGGCCUCGCCACGCUCACGAUACACGCGUGCCGCGCCUCCGACGCGGGCGUCUACUGCUGCCUCGUGAGCAACGAGCUGGGCGGCGUGCAGAGCUCGGCGCGGCUCACCGUCGGCGCCGGGGGCAUCCCCGGCGUGCCCACGGUGCGCGCGCACCCCGGCGGCGGCCUCGUCGUGCAGUGGGACGAGCCCGCGCCCGCCCACCUCGAGUACUGCCGCGUGGGCGAGGCCGAGUGGCGGCGCGCCACGGAGACGCCCGCGGCCGCGAGCACCCUCGCCCUCGAAGAGCUACCCGCCGGGCAGUACAGCUUCAGGCUGGUGUGCGCGCGGGGCGGCGGUGCGGGGGGCGCGUCCGCGGCCGCCUCGUGCGGCGGCGGGGGCGGCUGGCAGCGGGAGCAGUUCGCGCGCCGCUACGCCCUCGAGGACGAGCUGGGGCGGGGGCGCACCGCGCGCGUGUUGGCCGCACGCGACACCGGCACCGGGCAGCGGGUGGCGCUCAAGCAGGUGGUGGCCGGGCGGGGCGCGGACGCAGUGCGCGAGUACCGCAUCCUGUCGCGCGGCGCGCACGCGUCCGUGGUGCGGGCGCUGGCGCUGUUCGCCGAGGUGCCGCGCGCCGGCGCCCACACGCUGGUGCUCGAGCUGGUGGGCGGCGGGCCCCUGCUGGACUGGGCGGCCGCCUCGGCCAACUACACGCAGCGCACCGUCGCCCAACACACCAGGAGCCUCCUCUCCGCCCUGGACUGGUUGCACUCCAUCGACGUCGCACACCUCGACGUCAGGCCGGAGAACAUUCUCGUCGAGCUGGGCGGGGCACAGCCCCAGUUGAAGCUGGUGGACUUCGGGUCGGCCGUGGAGACGGGCGAGGCGGGCGGUGGCACCGUGAGGGAUGUCCUGCCCCCCGCCCCCGCUCAGCUGGAGUUUGCGCCCCCCGAGUGCGUGCUCGGCCGACCGCCCACCCCCGCCUGGGACGCGUGGGCCGCCGGCGUCUUCCUCUACGUAUUCCUUACGGGGCUGUCGCCGUUCCUGGACGACUCGAUUGAGGAGACGACCGCGAACAUCAUCAAGUGCGACUACUGCUUCCCGCCGGAGCACUGGGGCGGCGUGGCCGAGAGGGCGCAGGCCCUCAUACGGGGCCUGUUGGCGCCCUCCCCCGCGCACCGCCUCGCGCCCCGCGCCGCCCUAGGCGACGCCUGGCUCGACGAGGCGCCGGCGACGCCGCUGUCGGCGACGCAGCUGAAGACCUUCCUGGACCGCAGACGGCCGGCGGGCCACGGCAACGCGCUCCACUCGCUGCGCUCCCCUGACGACACC